UUUUUCAGUCCCGGCGUUUUAAUUUAGCGUUUGUGAACCACUAUACGCGCUUUGAAGGAAGGCACCUUUGUGUCGUUUUUCUUAAGCAGCUUGUGAUUGGACUAUAGAGAAGUGACGCUUGUCAAAGCAGGAGUGUUGUUUCAGUCUAAAGGGGAACCCGCCUACAGUUGACUAUGGCUGGCAGACAGGCUGUGAAAGCGUACUUAGACCUCUUGUCGCAGCCAUGCAGGGCUCUACUUAUAUUCCUUAAACACAACAAAAUACCACAUACGGUGGAACUCAUUGCAUUACGAAAAGGGCAGCAGAAAACACCCGAGUUCACCAAACUCAACCCCAUGCAAAAAGUGCCAGUGUUGGACGACAAUGGAUUCAUCCUUACUGAAAGUGAUGCCAUAUUGAAGUAUCUGGCAACAACCUACAAUGUCCCUGAUCACUGGUAUCCCAAACUACCAGAGAAGAGAGCCCGAGUGGAUGAGUACACAGCCUGGCAUCAUAUGAACACACGUAUACAUGCUGCCACAGUUUUCCUGCAAGAGGUUAUAUUUCCAAUGAUGGGACAGCCAAAAAAUCCUGUGAAGUUUGAAAAGGCGCUGGCAGACCUGGAUGGCACACUGGACAUGCUAGAAAACAUGUUUCUGAAGAGACAGGCUUUCCUGUGCGGGGACGACAUCUCAUUGGCUGACCUGUUAGCAGUUUGUGAGCUCAUGCAGCCCUUGUGUAGUGGGAGGGACGUUCUGAAGGACAGACCCAAACUUCUGAGCUGGAGGAGUCGAGUCCAGUCAGCGCUCUCGGACUCCUUUGAUGAAGCUCACUCUGUUGUCUAUCAAUUAAGGGAGAAGUUCACAGCUAAAUUGUGAAAAACCAACUCUUUACUCAAAGUCUUUAUUCACAGCAGUUAAUUCUUUAAGUUAAUUCUUUAUUAGUUAUUAAUUCUAUAUGUCACAAAUUAAUGAUGCAUCUGUUUUACAUGCAUAUGCAGUUCAUGUUACCAAUACGUCUGAUUAAUAUAUGGUUUGAAAAGAGGUUUAUAUCCACAACUUUUUUGGGCCCAUACUAUAGUUUGUGCCGAAUGAGCAGAAAAUGUAAAAACAUUUUAUUGUUAUCAGUAAUUGGUAAAAGAAUACUAUUUACAAGAAUGAAAAUGUGUGAACAUCGAGAACCAGGUUUGCUCUUGAAUGAUGGUUUUCCUUCUCACAUUAGUGCCUUAUCUUUCUGUGGUGAAAAUGUCCAAUUAAACUAUUCACUCAUGCAACUUUAUGUUCACAAAAACAAACAUCCUUCUAAAAGAUUUCUUGUAAUUCUUUCUUGAAUUUUAGACAGUGACUUUUGAAAGCAAAUGUUUGAAAUAUUUUUUUUUUUCCACAAAGAGAGUGUAACCUCUGCUUUCUAAGAAAAUAAGAAACAAAUGACAGUUUUUGCAAAAUUGUAAUUGUUGACAUAUCAAUAAAAGUAAUUGAUGCAGUA